GGGAAAACAAAUUUCAUUAACAUCCACUAAAGAGAAUCAUGGCGUAUUUGCUAACAGAAAUAGCGUUGGAAAUGUUGGGCUGUAAAUUUUAUGACAUUCAUGGAGCCCAUCAAGAAAUGAACGAUUUUCAGCAAAACACUCAGCGCCCUGAAAAUCUUAAUCCGGCCGAAAAUUUGGAAAAUAUUGUUAAUUAUCGUAGGACGACGUCUCCAGCAAACUUGCAGCAAAUUUCAGAAAAAAGUAAUGACAAGCUACAACAAAUUCCCUUGUUCAAAUUAAUGGCUAAGGAGUAUGGUAUUGUAAAGCAGCAGAUUCUUCAUAACAAAGAAACAAACUUAGAAAAGCAGGUCGACAAUAACAUCACAAGCACCAGAACUGCUCAAAGCUUAGUACAAAAUUUUGUAGAAAGCGAAAUUGUAAAGUUACGAUGUGAAACACAAACUCUACACAAUUUUAGAAGAUUAGUAGAACAAAACAUUUUGAAAGUUAAUCCAAUAUCUUUCGAAAAAUAUUUACGUUUGUUCGCCACUAGCCCGGCAUCAGCUAACUCAAAGAGUUCGCCAGUAAGUAUGAAAUAG